AUGUACAGAAUAUAUACUGACAAUAUAUUAUACACAUCAAAGAGUUGUCCGGUUUUGUCACAACACCAGAUCCAGGCGUCAGGUUGUCAGACGUGGCUUGGCCGCCCUCGACCGAAAUCCGCCAGCCCGCUUGUCUUCCUCCCUGCCCAUGGUCGUCUCUCGUUAGCGACCAGAUCUGAGGCUUACCCCCCACUGACCACGCCGCACCACCGCCAGUGUUCUGAUUCUCCGCCUUUUGAGUCUCUACACAAGACGACUUCCGACCACCCAUUGGUCACUGUGCGACCUCAAUUCGGGAGAUUGAAUCCACAGCUCCAGAAGUUCUUGGUGAGCAAGACUUGCAGCAAACAUGCUUGUAAUAAAGCCUCAAAUAAAAACCCAACAAUAAAAAGCAGGGAGAACAGAAUUGUUUGCUCGGCGAUUGCAAUAGACGCCCAAGGUUCAUUAGCGGGUUUGUCUGGAAUCAGAUGGGGUUCGGUUCUGCUGAAGGGGGCCCGUGAAGAGAUGGAGGACGAUGUUGUGAUUGUUCAGGCUGAUGAUCGUUUUGAUGGGUUCUCUUAUGCUGCAGUUUUUGAUGGACAUGCUGGGUUCUCUUCUGUUGAAUUCCUCAGGGAAGAACUAUAUAGAGAAUGCGUUGCUGCAUUGCAAAGUGGACAGCUAUUGAACGGGAAGGACUUCAAAGCAAUCAAGGAAGCACUUCAAGACGCCUUCAAAAGUGCGGAUGCAAAACUAUUAAAAUGGCUUGAGUCGAGUGAAGAAGAAGAUGAAUCUGGUUCGACCGCCACUGCCAUUUUCAUCCGUGAUGAUUUGUUGUACAUAUCUCAUAUUGGUGACUCAUGUGUGGUACUUUCGCAUGCUGGAAAAGCUGAAGUCUUGACCGAUUCUCAUCGGCCAUUUGGGAACAAGAAAGUUUCUCUAGAAGAAGUCAAGCGGAUUAGAGAAGCCGGUGGAUGGAUUGUAAAUGGAAGGAUUUGCGGAGACAUAUCAGUGUCCCGUGCUUUUGGUGACAUACGAUUUAAGAACAAGAAGAAUGACAUGGUCAAGAAAGGAGUCAAGGAAGGUCGAUGGUCCGAAAAAUUUGCUUCUCGGUAUGGAGACUUGGUUACUGCACAUCCUGAUGUUUAUCAUGCUUCUCUUGGAUCAGAUGCUGAGUUCAUAGUUUUGGCAUCUGAUGGAUUGUGGGAUUAUGUAAACAGCUUGAAUGCUGUUAAAUUUAUCAGAAAUCACCUUCGACAAUAUGGAGAUGUUCAGAUGGCUUCGGAAGCCCUUGCUCAAAUGGCACUGAAUCAAGGCUCUCAAGAUAACAUUAGCAUUGUUAUUGCCGAUCUCGGGCGAACGGAUUGGAAAAAUUUACCGAUGCAACAGCAAAAUUUCGUGGUUGAGUUUGGUCAAGCUUUAGCAACAAUCGGUUUAGUGUCACUUGGAAUAUGNAUUGUACAUUACAUG